AACAAGAUGGCGGAUUACAUGAAUCAAAGAUGCUAAUUUAUUAGCAAAAAAACUUUAUCCGAGUCUAGAAGUGGAAAUCUAUCUAACAAAUGAGAAGUAUGGACUAAGGUGGCUCCGGUGUCUAUAUUAAGAUUGAAAAACCACACUAGUUUGUAUGGAUAUCGAACAAGAUAUCGGGCUAGAGCGUUCGGCUGCUUUUACUAUUGGAGCACCUCGGUCAUCUUCGCCAUGCAACGACCUUCGGGGUGUGCUGAUGCAUUAGUAAAAGUAAGAUGCUGCCAAAACUAUAACAGAAGAGGUGUGACAGUUCUUUAGCCGUCUUCUAACGUCAAACAUGGAAGCUAUAGGACCAUUAGGCUUGACGCUAAUAAUGACGUCAUUAAUCACGUGCCUAACAUACACGAACGUCAGUGAAGCGUGUCCUGUCGAGUGCACGUGUAACGCUGAUCUAGUUGUUUGUACAAAUGUGUCGGCUCUUCCGGAUUUAAGUAACAGAUCCAUGGUACGGAAAUUGAUAAUCAGAAAUCACAAAAUCCCGUCGUUAAGGAAGGGAGAUUUUAAAGGAUUUACCAAACUUUUACAGCUAGAAAUCACCAACGGAACGAUGACAUCACUGGAGGCUGGGGCGUUUGAUGACGUCAACGAAACUAUUGAAGAAAUGAGUCUCAUACAUAAUCAAAUUGAAGGCUUAAUUGCUGGUGUAUUUGUAAACAUCAAGAAUAUGAGGAAAUUAACUUUAAGGCACAAUAGGAUUAAUAUUAUACGGACUGGAACAUUUGUGAAUUUAUUAAGAUUAAACACACUCUAUCUUGGAUGGAAUAAACUGCAAAAGCUUGAAAACAACUCAUUUGUUGGUGUUCCGGAUUUAACUACAUUGUAUCUCGUGUUCAACAAUUUGAAAGUAAUUCCGUUCAAUGCAUUACAAGGUUGUAAUAAUCUGACAGAUCUGUACCUGACGACCAAUGAUAUAGCGAGCGCGCAAGAUGGUACGACCUCAGUACGGUUACCAUCGCUUGAAGUAUUGGAACUAGACAAUAACCCUCUCUUGACAGUAAAAUCUGCGUUUCCCAAUAUAGGAGACAGGUUUGUCGAGUUGAAUCUCGGCUUCUCGGGAAUACGAACGUUUGACCACACAGUUUGGAGCAACCUUGGAGGACUUAAACGCUUGGUUUUGAACGGCAUCCACGUCGAUCACUUGGUGUCUGGAAUGUUCCAUGGCCUUACAUCCCUGGACACACUCUUGUUAAUGUUCAUGCACGAUUUGAUCAGCAUCGGUCCAGACGCAUUUAGCGGACUCGAUAGUUUGAGGAACAUUGACCUGAGUCACAGCGAGUUUCUACUCGUUAUCGAAGAAACCGCCUUCAUGUCCACGAAAAACCUCACUCAUUUGUAUCUAAACAACUGUUCCCUUUCCUACAUUCCAGCCAAUCUCGUCGCCUGGUCCACAUUGAUCGGAUUGAACGUUACAAACAAUCCAAUACAUUGUGACUGUAAAAAUAGUUGGAUGUUGGACGAUGACAUAUUUGGCAACAACACUUACGUCAAAAACGAAAUCCAAAACCUGAAGUGCGCUUCUCCAAAGAAACACAGAGGUCAAAGUAUCGGAAGUCUCAAAAUGCAACAACUCUGCGAGGCGGAAAGUUCCUAUUUUACAACAGGGGUCAUAAUUAUUGUAGUCUGCCUGGUGCUAGUGUCGAUAAUAACUUAUAUCAUUAAGAAACGCAGCCACAUCUACAUGUGGUGUCACCGUUAUUUCAUGUACCGUAGAUAUACCAAUGACAUGGUUUUUACUGUGAACAGGGAUAACUCUAUUGCCGAGUUGGAAGACACGGUGGAAACACGGCCACUAGCUGUCAUGCGACUAGAAACUGAGCCUCUGUAGGUCAAAUAGCAGCAAUUUCGUUGGAAUUCCAACUAAAAAAGGGCGCACGCUUACACGAGAUAUAUAAUGAACGCCUUUAAGUCAAAAGGUGGAAAUUCCGUUGGAAUUAUAUCCAAUUAUGACAAUGCAAGGCCAUUAGCUAACAUAAGACUAAAGAAUGAACGCCUUUAGGUCAAACAGCAUAAAUUUCAUUGGAAUUCCAAUCAAUUCGGACCAUACUAAGCCGCAAACUAGCAUGAGACUAAAGAAUGAACGCCUUAAGAUAAAACAGCAGGAAUUCCAUUGGAAAUUUAACCAAUUUGGACCAUGCUAAGCCGCAAACUAACAUGAUACCAUAUACUGAACGCGUUUUGGUCAAACAGCAGUAAUUCCAUUGAAAAUCCAACCAAUUUUGACAAUGCAAGGCCGCUAGCUAACACGAGACUAGAGAAUGAAUCUCUUUAUGUCGGACGACAGUAACUAUAUUUUUGUUCCAACCAAACAAAGCCUUAUCAUGCAAUGCCGCUAGAUUACACGCGACUGGAGACUUGUCUUAGAUGCAUUUUGGUCAAACGGCAGUAAUUCUAUUGUAAUUCCACCCAGUUUUGACCAUACGAGGCCGUUAGGUUACAUGUGACUGGAGACUUUUAAGGUCAGAUGACAGUAACUAUAUUUCCAUUUCUUUAUACAUAUUGUUUGACCUUUACCCCUGUGCCCUUAUAAAUGACCUUUCUUGAAUUUCCGUAUUUUUUUGUGCACUGAAAAAGGCACCCCCAUUCAUGACGUCAUGCUUAGUGACGUCAAUAUGAUCAUAGUGCAUUUGGCAAUUUUAAACAGUGUUCUGCUUUAUUAAAGCAUGUAUGAAAUUUGACUUAUAUUCGAACAAAUAAAUAACAAAAUAACAACAACAUUAUUUACAACGCUCAUUAAAUGCAACUACAUUGCCGAGUUUGAAGACACGGUGGAAGGUAAGCCACUCGCUAAUAUAAGACUUUAGGCUGAAUGCCUUUAGGUCAGACAACAGAAACUCCACUGGAAUUCCAACCAAUUCUAACAAUACAAUGCCGCUAGCUAACUUGAGACUAUACCUGAACGACUAAACUCAAUUAAUGUCCAACCAACUCUUACCCAUUCAAAACUCCUCGGCCCUUUUCCAUCGAAAGCAACGUUGAUUCCAUAUGUUUACAAUAUCAGAUAACUUUACAUUUAACUCAGCUUCAAGUAGAUCGCGUAGUAAUUUCAAUUAAGCAAUUAAACUUAAUGAUUUUACUCUAAUGAAUCUAAAUUAUUUAUGCAAUAAUUCACUUCUUUGACAAUUAAUUUAAACUUCGACAUACAACAUACACCUUAAAACACUACUAUUAGUUAAGACUAUUAUUUAUUUUUUUACGAACUACUUCUACUGAUGUACCGGCAUACAUGCGAGGUUGUUUUUGACGGAAAAUGACUCUUACUAUGUAAAACCGCUAGGAAUCUGAACCACUGUAGAUCAUACACAUUUGUAUUUUCAAUUCUUUGAUGGUCAUAUGCAAUUCACACGUUACAGGUUUCAAAGUCUGUCCACUUCUGGCUUUUUUUAUUUUAAUUCAAAGGAAUCUUAAUAAACCAAUGUUGUUUGGUUUUUGUUCCAAUAUUCUAUACACUCAACGAGUGUUGACAAUUUGGUGUUAUUUUCAUCAUAAAUGUAUCGUUACUAUGUCUAUUUUUCAUAUACAUUAUAAAUAUUGUAAUAUAUGACAUGUGAAUCAUGAAUUAUAUAAUUUAUGUAGAAAGAUCUUGUAUGAAUACAAGUCCUGCUCCACAAUGGGACUGUGCUUCGAGCGGAAUGACAAGCUAGCUCGUCAUUGGAACUUUGCUCGACAUUCGAAUUUUAAAGUUGAAUGUCGAUUGCUCAUCAAUGCGCCAAGUUUACGCACCCAUGUUAAAGGUUGUUCUCCAGUGUACUGCUUUAUCAAAGUUUAAUCAAAGUGCAGUUUUGGGCUAAACGUUUAUUAAGACCUUCAACAUUACUGUACGAAAAGAACUUUGUAUAUGUAUUUACAUACUGGCUGUGUAUAUUUGCUUAUAUCAAAAAAAGGAAAUGUUGUCAAUGCUAAUAAAAUGUUUUUUAAUGUUAAAUGUUGUUUGUACAGACGAUUAUGGAAACGUAUACCGCGUAUACUGAUAAGGUAAUCGUGUAAUCUGAUCGACUUGUUUUUGUCGAUUCGACGACAUGUUGACAAAGUUAUUCACAUAUUGAGGGAUAUUUCUACAUAUUUGCCACCGACAAGCUCCGUGUCCAACAAGUUAUAUAUAGAUAGUGUUUUAAAUAUUAUAUGAUAGCCGACAAUAAACAAAAUUAAUAUUGACUUGACUUGAAGUUGUAUCGACAAAAUUAAGUCGACAUAUCCAGAUCAUCAGUAAACACGUCGACAUCAUUGUGGCAACAUGUCAUUUUAAAACUCGUCAAAUCGACAUACAACAAGUGGUCAAGACAAGGUGAAGACACCAUCAGUAUAUACCAUAUACGCUUCCGUAGUUAUACCAUAUUUUGUAUGUUUUUGUUACAAGUGACCUUGCUCUCCGUCCCGUAUGGAAGCGCAUAUUGUUUAUACUGAUGAUGUGAGUAUGUAGUCCUGUCGGCUUGUUUCGGGUUAACUUGAAGUGAUACUCGCGUUUAUAACCAAUACAACAAACAUACAUUUAGAGUGAAAAACCUUGAACUACUUACUAAAUAAUGCACGUAUGGAAAAUAUCAACUACUGAUAACAAGAUUGUAAACGUGUAUUUAAUAGCUGAAAACGCAUAAAAUAUUAAAUGACUGGUGGGUCCUAAAAGAUUUACAGUGAUCAAUAAUCAUCUCAUACGGUAGAAAUAGAGUGUUCUCUGCACAUUUCUUUCAAAUUAAGCACGGCUUCCUUUACAAGAACCAUUGUUUUCGUUAUUUAUUCAUCCUUUUCGGAAAAUAAAACAAUUGUAUUAAUAAUGCACUGUGGUAUUGCUAAUCGGGGAGUAAGAGCGCACCUUUAACGAGU